AUGUCCGAAGCGCGGAAUUCGAUUGUUGAUAAAUUUACCAAUGAUGAAAAGAAAGCGAUUAAAGAUCUUAAGGAGCUUCUUCCUGAAAUUUUAAAUGGAGCCAAUGCACCGGAAAAUUAUACUCUUUGGGAAGUUGCUUUGGACAAAGAUUCUAAAGACGAAAGAUUAGACGUUAUCCUUAUUAAAUUUUUAAGAGCCAGGUCAUUUGAUGUAAAUAAAUCCAAAGAAAUGAUGAAAAAAUGUAUUGAAUGGAGAAUUGGUUUUAAUGCUGAUGAAUUGCUCACCGAAACUUUCCCUAGUUCAAUAUUCGCAAAAAUUGGAUUUAUUCAUAAACAUGAUAAAGAAUUUCGUCCCGUUACUUAUAAUCUUUACGGAAGAAUCAAUAAUCAAGAAAUUUUUGGAAAUAUGGAUCAAUUUAUCAGAUGGCGUAUGCAAUUAAUGGAAAAAGGAAUCAAAUUGUUGGAUUUUGCUAAUGUUGAUCAAAUGAUUCAAGUACAUGAUUAUAAUUUGGUUACUUAUUCAAGCUAUGAUAAAACCGCCAAACAAGCUAGUAAACUUGUCACUGAAAUUAUGCAAGAAAAUUAUCCAGAAUUUUUGGCUGUGAAACUCUUCGUUAAUAUACCUUGGUGGGGUGAAUGGAUAUUUAAAUUUAUUUCAAUGUUUCUAUCUGAACAAACAAAGAAGAAAUUUGUCUUAACCUCUGCUGAUCGUGUUAAAGAAAUUAUGUUAGCUUUGAUUGAUGAAGAAAAUCUACCUACUUUCUAUGGUGGUAAAAGCGUUGUUCGCGGAUUUGAAAACGAUAAUAUUGGCUCAACUUGA